AUGGAUCCCUUUGCCGCAUACGAGGCGCUCGACAAUCCACAGCAGUUCUGGGCCGAACUCGACGACAUUCUAGACACGCCCUUUCACCCUCCAUCGUCAUCAUCAUCAUCACGACACGAUGACUCGCUAUUACAGGCCAAGCGCAUCUACGUAGCUAGUGUGCUUGCCAAGUUUCUCCACCUCUGUGCCGCCUCUUUUAACGACAUCCUCACUUCCGAGUACAAUCAGGACUACUGCAUCAACCGCCUUUUCAGUUCGACUGCUUUCCGCGAUGAUGCUGACCCGACCAAAGACGAGAGCGACGACAACAUUGCCAUGCACCAGCUCGCAGCAGAAGAGGCGAUACGCAUGAUGCAGAUCUCGACGUCCACCCCCGUGCUCCUCAUGACUUACGAAAUCGUGCUUCAGUAUGGAGACGCUUUCCCAUCUACAUACAAGUCCAUUCAGGCAUCUGCAUCUACUGUUUCGUUCGUAGGUGUGCGCGCUUUCCUUCAUCGGCUCGUACACCAGAUCUGGGCGGGCAGCUAUGCAGCGCAGGCAGAAGCAAAGAUCGGCAUCUCGGAUCAAGCGCACCACCACCAUCAUUCCGACAUCACCGGUUGGAGCGGUGCUCACUGGGAUCACCAUGACGAGCGUGAAGCUCACGAUCCUCAAUCCAGCACGCCAACCGUUUCAUACGCCUCUAGAGGACUCACCUCGUCGUCCGCGUCUAAAGAUAUUGCGGUCCAGAUCAGCUUGCGCGAAAAAGCCGUCCGCAUGCUCUACGAAGUGUGUCGUGUUCAAAAGCUUGAAGCUGCGCAUCUCAAGGCUUUUGACGAGCGUUUCAUCCAUCACCUGUUUGAUCUCGUCGAAGAGACGCGGCAUCAUCACGACGAGGACUUCAACUACCGGCUCAUCAAGCUGCUCGUGGCGAUGAACGAGCAGUACAUGGUGUCGACCCUCACAUCGUCUGCGCCCGCUCACUCGUCUGCCGCUCCUGGACAGAUCAACUCUGCGCCACCCUCCAGCUCAAGACCCGUCAACCUCGUGCUGAGCGUGUUGCAGCAGCGCUUGAACGCGAGCAAGACGUUUGGCGAGAACUUGAUCUUCAUGCUCAACAGGGCGAGCAGUUCGGAUGCAGAGGACGUGUGCAUGCAGUUGCUCGUGCUCAAGCUUCUUUAUUUGUUGUUCACGACCAAGGAGACAGCGUGCUAUUUCUAUACGAAUGAUCUGCGCGUGCUCGUCGAUAUCUUUAUCCGCGAACUCCACGAUCUGCCGGACGAGAGCGAGUCGCUCCGACACACUUACCUCCGCGUGCUCCACCCAUUGUUGACCAACACACAGCUCUGCACGUACCCUUACAAGAGAACACAGAUUCGGAGGCUGUUGAAAGGAUUGAUCUCUCAUGGUCAUCUGAACGACAUCUCGACGACCACCAAGCGGCUGGUGGAGAGGUGUUUGCGCGCCGAGUGGUGUGUGGAGCUGGAUCGGUUGGAUGGGACCGAAAGGGUGGCCAAGGUGGAGCCUAUCGGGGGAGGAGAGGCGCAUGUCAAAGUGAUGCAUGCUGGUGUUACCACAGAAGGUCUGCCGAUGCUGGCUACAAAGAUCAAGGAGAACAGCCACUCGGUGCAGGCGACGGCGGACUCGCUCGCGAUCACCAACGAGGACGAGGUGGCGAGUCCAAUCAGCAUCCACACUACGCUUUCGCCCACGAGCUACGGUACGGAGUGCGAGGCGUCGGUGUCGCAACAAUCAGGAUCGCUCAGCGUGCCGGCGACGUUGCGGACGCGUGAUAAGCGGGUGGCGUCGCUCUCGCACCCACGCACUGCGUCGCAAGAAGUAGCGAGUACCAUGUUGCGCCCGACGUCGGCUGCUUCCCUCAGCAGGGCGCAGGUCAAGCAGUACAGCGGCAGUAGCAGCGGUAGCAGCAACGACGUCCAACACAGCAUCAACGGCAAUGGUGGUAGCAGCAGCAGCAGCAGAAGAGCGGUGUCGGCGCAGUCGGCGCCGUGUACACCGCCCCGCGUCGGCUCGCCCUUGCUGAACGUCGGAGCGUCGUCGUCAUUGCGUCAAAAUUCGCGGAUGUCGGAGCUGCAUUCGCCCGUCGGGACGGAUGGGGAAACGGACGAUGCCAUGUCGACGUCGAGCUCGUGGCAUGCGCAUAUGCUUGACGAUCCCCCUGCUGCCUCAGGCAAGCGUCGUGGAGAAGGAUACGAGGCAGCAGCGACAAUACCAGGGAGUGUGCUGCAAGAAGCAGCAGCGCCUCGUGUGGGUUCGCCGCUGAGCAGCGAGUCGACGAUGCAGAUCCUGGAUGCCGGUGCGAGACACGUUGCCGAGGGCUCGGAUUCGACUGUUGUCGCGGUGACAGGAGAGCCGCCAAAGAGGAGGAAGCCUCCACAGCCGCCUGCGCAGGCGAGGAGGGCGAUGCAGCUGACUGGACUCGCAGACGUCGGUUCGAGGUCUGCGAGCCCGUAUGGCGCGGUCACUUCAGCCGACUCGUCGCCUGCGGGCGAGGACGUACCUACUGGCCUCAGCAGCGGGGCACAAGGCGGGAGUGGGAGGAGCAGUGGGGCAAGAAGGAGGCCGCCGCCGCCUCCACCGACUGCCACUACCGUCGUCAGUACAGCGGAAGCGGGUCCCGACGAGGCAGAAGGAGAGGACGAGCUGGCUAGCGCUCAGAGCUUUUACAUUGCCGAACGGUUGAGACGCGGGUUACGCAUUCGGUAG